GGGACAGGAUUUUUUCAACGUUGUCCAGCUGACCCCUUCCUCUCUCCUAGAGCUCAAUGAAACUGUCCUCUGCACCAAUGACCAGAUGGAGGUGGUCAUUCCCAGUGCCUUCUUCUUCAACAAAGUGCCACCCAUUUAUGUAAGUUCAGUGUCAACCAGAAUUAAUAUUACUUUAUAUUACAGCUUACUUACCAUGAACUCACUGUUAAGUUUGAUAUAAUAGAUUACUCCCUGUGUGUUGCGCUGUGCUAUGCCAUAUUGUGCUGUAUUGUUCUCUAGUAAUCUCAACACCCAGAACCAAAUCAACAUUUUAAUAUUAAGGCUGUCAGGAAGGUCUACUGUAGUUCUCUAGUGAAGUCCCUUCCUCUCUUUCUUAGGUCUGGGAUUUGCACCUAAAUGACCCAGAGUGCCGUGGUGUUGAGAUUGAAGAUGACUAUGUCUUUAGCAUCAAGACCAAUCUCUCUGACUGUGGGACAAUCGUGGUAAGACUUUGAGCUUUUCUCCCCUAGAAAUGCCCUUUCAUAUUAGGGGCAUUUCAUUGCCAUUCUCUGAUGAUUGCUUUGGGAGAUUAAGAUUUACUUGUCUACGCCAACUAUGAAGGAUUUAACCUCGUAAAGUAAACAAAGUAGUAACCUUUGUCGUUCAGAGCAACCCUGACAAAGAAGAAAAACAUUAGCACCAGUAACAUAGAGACAAACUACAGUUUGGAUCCCUUUUACUAGCCACAUAAAAUCCCCAUCACAGUAAAUUAUCUAAUUUUACGAUGCAGCUCUGUUAUACUGAGCUCUGGCCUAACGUCUGGUGUAGUAUUGUAGAACUUCCCUGCACUGGUUUGUGCCAGAAAAGAACUUAAAGGGACACUUCAGGAUUUUGGCAAUGCCCUUUUUCUACUUCCCCACAGUCAGAUGAACUAGUAGAGACCAUUUUUAUGUCUGUGUGUCCAGUAUGAAGGAAGUUCGAGGUAGUUUCGCAAGCCAAUGCUACCCAUAGACUUCCAAGUAUCCUUUAAUUGGGUGAGCUAACUGGGAGUUUGGAUACACACUAUGCUCAAAAUAGCUAGCAUGAAUAACACCUCUUUUCAUUUAUACAUUACAUACAUGGACCUCUGCUGUCAGUUUCCUGCAAUGAAAUUAUCUCAUAAUCUGUAAAAAGCGUGAGGGACCCAGAGAGACAGAAAGAGAGAGGGGAGGAAUAAGUAGCCUAUAUUUAAAAGAAAAUGGGAGUGUUGUUCCUUUGCCCUCCCAAGAGCCACUGGACUUUAUUCAAAGCAGCGAGGAGUGGGUGGGAGCUCUAAAUUAUCAGGACUUACAUGGAAAUGAGCAUGUUUUCAGACCUGCUGAAUAGCCAGGCUAUAAUUCAGUGGCCCACUUUGUGGUCGCCCCUUUUGGUGGCAGUAGCACAGCUCAGAGGACAAUUUUAACUUUGGCGUGGUAUAAAUCUGUACUCAAGACCAUGAGUGUCAUUGAAACGCUUGCUUAGAAUGCACAGAGGCAUUUCUUGUAAAGCAAGCAAAAGGUUAACCACAGCUUUGUGUGGGGAGAAAAUCUCCCUCUUUCUCUACCCUCUGAGGUUUUACAAGGCUUUAGCUUCAGCAUACCAGACCUAGUGAAAGUAGUAAGCCUGCUUUGCUUUUGGGAUUAGACACUGUUGGGAAAAGAAGGGAAUGCCAUAGUUACCAAACACUCCUCCUUUUCACCUUGAGAGGUAGAAGUAGACCCUCGUAAAGCUAUUGAACCCCACAGACAGGACCGGAGCGACUAGCAAGUGGGAAUGUAAUGACUCUCCACACUUGAAAAGUGAAAUGAUCUAAACAACUAGAAAUAAAUUGGACUUGAAGAUUUUGUCGCCCAUUGCUAUAAUCAUUGUGGUCUCUCUGUUUGUCAAAUUGCAUGAGUUUGUUAAUUAACCAUUCAUAAGAACCCAAGGUCAGUGAGCAGAGCAUUAUUCCUACAGAGUAAUGAAGACGUUAGUGCACUAUAGAGGGAAUAGGCUGCUAUUUAAGACGCGUUCUCUGUGGGACAGACCGUGAGUGGUAGGCCCAGUGGGGGGCUGUGUAUUUACCCUGGGGUAAUAAAGCAGUACUAGACAGUAAGGGCAAGGGGCAAUUCAUCCUUCUCAAUGGCCAUGGGACCAGUCCUCCAUUUGCUCUCAACAGGGAUCCGGACACAACCCGGUCACAACCUUUUCAUCCAACCCCUCUUUAUGGUUUCUGCCUACGUCAGUAGUCUGCUACUAAACAUUUGAACUGUAUUACUCACACAUUUUAUUUAUUUUAUUAUUUAACCUUUAUUAACGCUGGGCCAAUUGUGCGCCGCCCUAUGGGACUCCCAAUCACGGCCGGAUUGUGAUACAGACUGGAAUCGAACCAGGGUCUGUAGUGAAACCUCUAGCACUGAGAUGCAGUGCCUUAGACCGCUGCGCCACUCGGGAGCACAUUCUAUAAUGACAGAAAAUUACAGUGCUACUGUACGUAGGCGCUCUGGUUGGGGAAAGAGUCAUCUUGGAACCCAGAACCAAAUCUUGCAUGGGCUAGCCAGCUACUCAAUUUGAUAUUUAUGUUAACAGUAUGUCACAUGAAAUUAAGGAAAGCGUUUUGGUGAAUGUAGCAGGGUUUGUGACAUGUAGUUUGCGCUAGGUCACCCUUUCAUGGUUAUCAAUCUGCAGUUACAGCACUUCCAAAGUGACUAAUUUAGUUACUUCCAAAGUUGCACCAUAAUGGAAUAACGAUUCAUACUUCUCUUUCUAGGCAUCGGAUGAUACACAUAUUAUGUUCAUUAACACCAUACGCAACAACGAUUCGGAUGUCGUCACAAGGAACUACAUAAACAUCACGUUUGUCUGCCGCUACCCAAUAAACUACAUGGUCCAGCAACCUAAUGGGGAAAACAUGAUCAGGGUGGAUGUCAAGUAAGAUAUCUAGUUAUGGCUAUUAAAAAUGGUCAUAGAUUUUCAUUACGAGUUCAUUAAUACCUGGUUUAAACUUUCAUUAACAUUAUUCACACAGUCUUAAUUGGCCAAAGAAGCUGAUCUAAAAGAGGACAUUUUAUGUUCUAUGUAGUGCUUGUAGUUUGUAGAAUACAUCAAUCCAAUCACUUCUAAGCUCUCUGUGGGGCGACCAGAACUGCCACUUAAAUCGAAUUUUGGACUUGUAACUGUAACUCAAGCACUGCAUCUAUACAAUCUAUACUAUUCUCUCCAGGACAAUCACUCUGAACACAGAAGAUGGGAACUUCUCUGUGUCCAUGUUGCUGUAUAAAGACGAGGACUUUGAGGACAAGUGGACCACUGUGCCCUCACUGACACUGGAUGACAACAUCUACGUUAAAGUUUUCAUGGUAAAGGUCAUCAUGUGAUUUCAUUCUGUUUGAUAUCUGUUGUAUUUUUUUCCAACCUGGACUCAGGGGUAGACGUAACAUAGUAAAAUAUGUAUGAUAUGUUGUGUUUUGCGUAGUAUGUAUUAAUUUGUGGAUGUCUAUCAUCCAUUUCGUAUGAUAUGUUACAAAUUACAAUUCGUACAAUAUGUUACAAAUUGCAAUUCGUACAAUAUGUUACUAAUUUGCCAAACGUAUGAUAUGUUAUGAAUUCCAAUUUGUUGUGCCUAAUGUUAGCUAGGUGGCUAAAGUUAGCUAGUGUUAAGGUUAGGAGUUAGGGUAGGGGAAGGGUUAGCUAACAUGCUAAGUAGUUGCAAAGUAGCCAAAAAAUUGUAAGUAGUUGCAAAGCUGCUAAAAUGUUAAAGUUGUCCGUGAUGAGAUUUGAACACGCAACCUUUGCGUCCAGCACUCCACCCCGACCAACCACCCUACUUUAGUUUUUGCCUUAAGUAACCUUCUGUCUUACGUAACCAUACCAAACGUAACAUAUCAUACUAAUUUGAGUGCCCCAGAUUUACAUUUACUGUGUUACGUCUAGUCUGAGACCAGGCUGAUUUAUUUUUCUUAUUGUCAUUGCAACCACACUUGACACCAUCAGUCUUCUAGGAGUUGUGUUGUUGAAAUAUGAAAUCAGAGCUGAUCAUGUGAUCAUGACCAGCAGAUAUUUAGUUAGGCUAGUUAACUGAAGUACCAACCAAUGUGGUGUAACUUACUGUGCAGCUUUUGAACGUUAGAAUAGACCCAAUUCUGUGUAAGCUUACCGUGGUUGAGCCGUUUCUCCCUCUUGCUAGAUAAAGAUGAGCACCUUUAGUGAGUGUUGAGCUGAAGACCAGUCUUUGGCCCUGGCCAUAGACAUACGGUAAAUGUCAAGUAUAUUGGCUCUGAUCCAAUGUGAUUGUCUGUUGCUCCAUCUUUGGCUUCCAGGAAACCCUAGUUCCCACUGUUGUUUACUCUCUCUUUCAUUGUACAUCUGUUGACCUGCUGACUUGGUCAAAAUAUUUACUGAGUGCAGUGCAGGCCAGAGACACCUCUCUCUCUGUCUCGCUCUCUCUCUCUAUCUGUGUGUGGGUGUGGGUCACUGACUGUAGUCCCGGUUUGUCUCUCUCUCUCUUAGAUACCGGCUCAUCUUUUGCUGCGUGUGGAGAGGUGCUGGGCUACCCCAACCAAUGACCCGUACAGCAACAUCCAGUACACCUUCAUCAAGGACAGGUCUUUUCAAAGAAAGUUUAACAUUAUAUCACUGUGUAUUAUAAGCCCUCUCAUCACAUAUUGCUCUUCAUUCUGUUUAUUAGAAUUCAAAAAUGUGUUAUGGAGGCCUAUCUAAAUGUACAGUGCAUUCGGAAAGUAUUCAGACCCCUUGACUUUUUCCACAUUUUGUUACGUUACAGCCUUAUUCUAAAAUGGAUUAAAUAAAUAAAAAUCCUCAUCAAUCUACACACAAUACCCCAUAAUGAUUAAGUGAAAACAGGUUUUUAGAAAAAACAGAAAUACCUUAUUUACAUAAGUAUUCAGACCCUUUGCUAUGAGACUCGAAAUUGAGCUCAGGUGCAUCCUGUUUCCAUUGAUCAUCCUUGAUGUUUCUACAACUUGAUUGGAGUCCACCUGUGGUAAAUUCAAUUGAUUGGAUAUAAUUUGGAAAGGUCCCACAGUUGACAGUGCAUGUCAGAGCAAAAACCAAGCCAUGAGGUCGAAGGAAUUGUCCGUAGAGCUCCGAGUCAGGAUUUUAUCGAGGCACAGAUCUGGGGAAGGGCACCAAAACAUUUCUGCAGCAUUGAAGGUCCCCAAGAACACAAUGACAUCCAUCAUUCUUAAAUGGAAGAAGUUUGGAGACCGAUGGCCACUCUGAUAGAGCUCCAGAGUUCCUCUAUAGAGAUGGGAGAACCUUCCAGAAGGACAAACAUCUCUGCAGCACUCCACCAAUCAGGCCUUUAUGGUGGCGAGACGGAAGCCACUCCUCAGUAAAAGGCACAUGACACCCGCUUGGAGUUUGCCAAAAGGCACCUUAAGGACUCUCAGACCAUGAGGAACAAGAUUCUCUGGUCUGAUGAAACCAAGAUUGAACUCUUUGGCUUGAAUGCCAAGCAUCACGUCUGGAGGAAACCUGGCACCAUCCCUACGGUGAAGCAUGGUGGUGGCAGCAUCAUACUGUGGGGAUGUUUUCCAGCGGCAGGGACUGGGAGACUAGUCAGGAUCGAGGGCAAGAUGAACGGAGCAAAGUACAGAGAGAUCCUUGAUGAAAGCCUGCUCCAGAGCGCUCAGGACCUCAGACUGAUGCGAAGGUUCACCAUCCAACAGGACAACGACCCUAAGUACACAGCCAAGACAACGCAGGAGUGGCUUCGGGACAAGUCUCUGAAUGUCCUUGAGUGGCCCAGCCAGAGCCUGGACUUGAACCUGAUCUAACAUCUCUGGAGAGACCUGAAAAUAGUUGUGCAGCGAUGCUCCCCAACCAACCUGACAGAGCUUGAGAGGAUCUGCAGAGAAGAAUGCGAGAAACUCCCCAAAUACAGGUGUGCCAAGCUUGUAGCGUCAUACCCAAGAAGACUCGAUGCUGUAGUCGCUGCCAAAGGUGCUUCAACAAAGUACUGAGUGAAGGGUCUGAAAACUUUUGUAAAUGUGAUAUUGAAGUUUUUUUUUUUAAUAAAUGUGCAAAAGUUUAUAAAAAACGGUGUUUGCUUUGUCAUUAUGGGGUAUUGUGUGUAGAUUGAGGGGGGGGAAAAACAAUUUCAUCCAUUUUAGAAUAAGGCUGUAACGUAACAAAAUGUGGAAAAUGUCAAGGGGUCUGAAUACUUUCCGAAUGCACUGUAUAUUUUUGUAGUGUCACACUUUCAACCACACUUGACACCAGCACAUAUUCCUCUGGGAAUGGCGUUGUUGAAAUAUGAAAUAAGAGUUGUUGAAUUGCUUAGACUUAAGAGUUGGGGGUAACACAACAACUUCAGACCCCUGUCACGUGACCCAGGACCCAGAUCAACAGCUGUGCAUGUCCUUGACAACCAGGACAUAUGUUGUACUGUUAGCAACAGCACAGCAAUGACUUGCACAAGUACUUCUGUUUACUAUGUCUGAGAAGAAAACACUUAAAAGGAUCUGCCUUGUCAUUCCCAGAAUCCCAUUAUGAAAGAUGGGAAUAUCACAAUCACAAAGUGCUCUGCUCUUACAUGGCAUGUGUUCAGUGUAAACAAGUGAAUGUAGAUUAUUUGUCUGGGUUUUGUAUCAGGUGUUAGUAUAGCAUACCAGGAAUGAUUUCAUUAACCAACACAUUCUAAAAUGUAUGAUAUCUUAUUCAACGGUUGCACAUGCUGCCUCUGAUACUGAUGCGAUCCACUGCCUGUUCUAUCUCUCUCGCUCUCUCUCUUGCUCUUUCGCUCACUCUCUCUCUUACUCUCUCUCUAUCUCUCGCUCUCUCGUGUGUGUUUCAGCUGCCCCGUGUUGUCAAACGAACAGACGUUGACAGUGCUGAAGAAUGGACAGGGGCCAGAGGCUAUGUUCAGGAUACAAAUGUUCAAGUUUGUGGGCAGCUCUUACAAGGAUGUGUUUCUCCACUGCAAUGUUCAGAUCUGUCACAACACACCUGGGGUCUGUCAGCCUGUGAGUGAUCCCUCCCCCUUUCUUCAUUCUGAUGAUGCUCACUGGCUCAUUCAAACCCUAGUUUAUAACAAGGGCCUACUGCUGUCAUAAAUAAAGACAAUGAAAAAACUUGAUUUAUUUGCAACUGGUGUUAAUUAAAGAAAUAUGUGAUCAUUUUGGAAAUGUAAAAGGAAAAGUAAAUAUGGUAAUAAUGCUGUGAUAAUACUUUAAUGAAGCUAUAUAAAUGCUUGUUGUACCUUAAUAUUAAUAUUUCCAUGUAACAGAACUGUUCUGGUGAGGAUAGCUCCAGGCGGAUGAGAAGAGAUGUUGCCAUGUCCCAUACAGUAUCUUAUGGACCAAUCAGGCGACGUCUGCCUGAGAGUGACCAACCCAGCCUGAGUAAGUCUCACAAUAAAGGCUCUUUAUUUAUUAUCACCAACAUACUGUACUGGGUUGUGUUCAGUAGAGAUACAACUUUUGUAUUAGAGUGAAACAGGGAGAUACUACCUGAGCUUGUCCAAUAAGAACAUAGCCAAAUUCAGUAGCCAAAUAUUGUCGAACAUUGUAGAUAGAAAUGCCAUGAUAGAGCCAACAUGAUGCCAUGAUAGAGCCAACAUGAUUCCUUAUUCUACAUGGCAGAGACAGACCUGGGUUCAAAUACAUGUGUAUUUGAUUAUUUGUUCUUUAAAAACGUAUUUUCUGUGUAUUUGAGUAUUUGCACAAAAUCAAAAAUCAACUACUUCUAUUGGAAGCAUUUGAAAGUAUUUCAAAUUCAUUUCCUAUAAAUAGUCCACUAUUUGAAAGUAUUUUCUAAUACCUGGGUUAAAUGCAUGGAAGUGUAUUUGAGUCAGUGUAUUUCAAAUGCAUGCCAAUACUUUCCAAGUAUAUUUCCAAAUACAUUUCAAUAUUCAACUACUUGUCUUAAAAAUAAAAAUAAAUCGGAAUACUUACUUCUAAAUGUAUGUGAACAUAAUUGAGAGACUUGAAAUAGUAUUUGAACCCAGGUCUUGUCAGAGAGGCAUGUUUGUUCUACAUAACAUAUACUGAACAAAAAUAUAAAUGCAACAUGCAACAAUUUCAAAGAUUUUACUGAGUUUACAGUUCGGAAAUCAGUAAAUUUAAAUAAAUGGAUAGAUUUCACAUGACUGGGAAUACAGAUAUGCAUCUGUUGGUCACAGAUACCCCCCCAAAAAAAUGUAGGAGCAGAAAACCAGUCAGUAUCUGGUGUGACCACCAUUUGCCUCAUGCAGGGUGACACAUUUCCUUUGCAUAGAGUUGAUCAGGCUGUUGAUUGUGGCCUGUGGAAUGUUGUCCCACUCCUCUUCAAUGGCUGUGCGAAGUUGCUGGAUUAUCUUGGCAAAGGAGAAAUGAUCACUAACAGGGAUGUAAACACAUUUGUGCACAAAAUUAGAGAGAAAUAAGCUUUUUGUGUGUAUGAAACAUGGGACCAACACUUUACAUGUAGCGUUUAUAUUUUUGUUCAGUGUAUUUCUAUCUGAACGUUCCAAAAUGUUGAACGCACCCCAGCUUAUUUAUGUUUUCCAUUUCAAAAUGUUUUCCUACUUCUGUGUUUUGCUAACGUUGUGCCCUACUGAACACGUCCCUGCAUCUCUGACUUGCCAAUCUCUUUCCCUGCAGACUCUGGAGGUGUGCUUUCGGUGGAGACGUUUGUCCUGGGAGGCCUGCUGGUGGUCCUGCUGCUGAUCAUUGGAGUGUUCGGGAGGCUGUGGCUGAGAACCAGACACUCCUACCCAGCACAGGAGGCCGCACAGCUCACUCUGUCCAAUAUACACCACAUCUCAGAGGUGGCCUCC